AUGGUUCAAAGUCUGUUUACAAUUGUAUGCACGGUUUUGGUAGUGUGCGCGUUUAAAAUGGCCGGUUUGAUAGACAGACAAAAUGCUCUUAAGAUAUGCUUUUGCGGCGUGCUGGUUUUAAUCCCCUUUGUGCCGUUGGUAAAGUUUUGCGUUCUCUAUUUUUGGGCUUUUGCAUUGAUCGUCCUCCUUGCGCGUGGUAUUCUGCUUGUUGAAUUCGAGCUGGUGCCUGAACCAACCAUCAAGCAAAUUCCGGCUGUUGAGAAUCAGCAGCCUUUCGAAAUAUCUAAGAGACCAAUAUUCCCCGAAAUGCCUGAAAUCUCUGAAGAGAUAGAGCUGAUUAUAGACAAUGUCUUACGAGAUUUUGUUGCCAGUUGGUAUCAGUCUCUCAAUAAAGAUGCCAAUGCACCUUUUCUUGGUGGGUUAAGAACAGUUCUAGAUGAUAUGGCUAAGAAUAUGCAAGAUGCUACCAAAAACAUUAAUUUACCGAAGCUACUUAUCCUCAAAAUGCUCCCUCUAAUCACCAAACAUUUCAAAACCUUCAAGUCUGCUGAUAAAGUUGCUUUUGAUAGCUUGAGCCCAGAAGAAAAGGCGAACGGGGGUGACCAUUCUUUCGCAGUUGCGGUCGAGUUCGGGCGCGAAUAUAAAAUUCACGAGGCCAUCUCUUUAGGUUCGUUAUCACUGCCUUACUGUCUCGAAAAAUACUCCAGGGAAAAAGCCCAUUUACUGCUGAAGAAAUUUUUGGCACCGGAGGAGUUGGCCUCGCCUUUUGUCAAAAUAAUUGGACGUGAGGUGUUGUGCUGCUGCAUCCUCAAUCCGCUCUUGCAAAAAUUCGUCAAUCCUGACCAAUGGAAUUCUUUAAUAGCAUCCAUUUGCAGUACUUUACUUAAGGAGAGAACUCAAGUCAGGGAAAUCCGGGCAGCGUUGUCCACUGAAGUAGAAGGCUCCGAUAAUUCCGAAACUCGCCAACCCUUGGAAGAGGAUGCUUUACUUGGUAAGAUGAAAAUCGAUGCUCAAACUGAUGCUAAGGAUUUUGAAGACUUGCUCAAAGAGAUCAGUAGCAUCAAAAACAAGGAGACACUCAAGGCCGUUAAGUUUUCCGUCUUAUCUCAACUAUUAUUAGCCAAAAAAGCCAACGAGCUAGGUAAGAGAGAAUCCGUUUUAUCAAAUCGACUGAUUCUGGCUUUGAACAUGAUUGAUAGUCGAUUAAGGUACCUGACUACCAAUCUAUUCGAACUACCACCUUCUAAUGCAGGCUUUCGACUUGCGCAAAUCAACGCCUUCGAAAAUUUUGUGAAUACCAUAUCAAUGGACGAUAUCAGAGGAGAUAAAUUCUGCUAUCGCUUUUUUUCGGAAUACCUCAAGUUGAAUGAUACUAAGGGCGAUCGCUGUCUGAAAUUCUGGUUGAUGGUUCAAGGCUUUAAAAACCCUUUAGAAGAUCCAAGCAAUGAUGAGCUUGCCAUAAUGUCGGAUACUGAUUUUGAAGACCUUGUCAAAACUUCAAGAGAAUUCUUUUCAGGUCGCAACCUAUUCAUAAUGCAGUCUCUGAACGAACAGUGUGCUUCAGAUGUGUCAGAGUUUCAAAAAAUUUUGAAAAACAAGGGAAAAGAUGCUGCCAUUGAGGUUUAUCAGACUGCUCGAAAAAGCACAUUGCUUUUGCAAGCUCUCUCUUAUGAGUUUCUGGACGGCUCAUGUUUCCGAGACUUCAAAAUCUCGCAAGAGUUUAUCAGAAUGAUAUCUGCUGCCGAGUUUCAAAACUCUAAUCUUUACAAGAGAUUUGUUGCCGUAACAGACGGCGACGAUCGAGACUAUGGGCAGAAUUCACAAAAUUCUUCGAGAACGGUCCUCACUGAAAAAAAUGACUCUCCAAUCAGGAACAGUAACGCGCUUGGCGAACUUCGAAUGAGAAAGUCAUUUUCGAAUUUGUUUGGGAAAAGUGAAGGAAGUACUUUGUUUGAGAAUAAACUUUUCGAGGAUGAUUGGUCUUUCGAUGGAGAUGAAGACAAAUCAAGCGAGGAGGAUGCCGAUUGUCUGGACGGUCAUGGCAUCUCAAAUAGUUAUGGUGAUGAUUCAGGUCCUAACUUGGCCAUCAUGAAGUUAAAUCAAUCAAACUUAAAAAAUACGAUAGCAGAGCUCACCAUUUCGAUAGAUCGUUUAAGAAAACAGCUUUCUCUCCUCAACCACCUUGGUUUGAAAGCUGACCUCACGGACAGCGCGUCGGAACUGAGGCUCCUUAAGAAAUCCGAAAGGGCCGUUAACAAAGAGAUUCUUCAGCAAGAGCUAUUGAGGCAACAGCUUGUCGUUCAAGAAAACGCCAACAGUCUUUUCAAAAAAUGCCAACUCUCUAUCAAAACUCAUUUAAGCGAUAUAUCCCAAAAGAGUGGAAGAGAGAUCAUUUACUAUGUCAUAAGUGUAAGCCACGUCAAUGAUGAACUGAUCACUUCUUGGGAUAUACCACGUAGAUACAGCGAGUUUUACGAACUCAAUACUUAUUUGAAGAGAAGAUACAAAAGCCUCGUUAAACACUUGCAAAAUAAAGACUACGUACCGGAGAAGGUUAAGAUGUCGCUGGUGUAUCAUGUUUCCAAAACUCUUUUGUACAAAGAAAGAACGAUGAAGCUUGAACGGUUUUUGCGGUGUCUCUUGCUCAUACCUGAAAUCUGUCAAGAUAGGCACUUCAGGAAGUUCUUAACUGAUACCAAUACUGCUUUCAGCAUUAAGGAAAGGAUCGAAAAUUAUGAGAAUAGAAAAAACAUUCUAUCUAGGAUCGAUUCUGUAUCAUCGAGACUUUUUGAGUCUUCGGCGGAGGCGUCUGCGUCUCCCGAUAAUCGAAUGUCUGAAGAAGAAUCAGAAGCGGAGGCCUUGGCUGUAAAAUCACAAAGCAUUCUCUUAACUGACGAAGAACCAACAAGAAAAGAGUUCUUUUUCGGACCUAUAUGCGACUUAUUCGUGGCAUUGUUUUCGUUGAAGGGUUCACGUUCUAGUUGGCUAAGGGGUCGAGCCCUACUAGUAGUGAUACAACAGCUUUUAGGAGGCACAAUCGAAAAGUACGUCAAGGACUCCAUAGACAGACUCACCAGUAAUCACAGCAUUUUGACAGUGCUCAAAGUAAUACGUUCUAAGCUUUGGAUCGAAAACGUUUUCUUCAAAAAACUCGAAACCCAGGAAGCCGCUAAUCAAAAAAAUAGUGAAGGUGCUCUACAGGUUGAAAAAGAAGCUAAGCUCAAACUAGAAAUGCUAUUAGUAGAAACAUGUGGAAGGGUCGUCGGUCUACGAAAUUCUAGAGAGGCUGGAGCUGAUAUUCAUGCAAUGCUACAAAACGAACACCUAAAUGCCAGCCUCUUGCUCGAAGUACUAGAUCUUGUGUUUGAGGAAAUCUUUUCGAUUGCUCUUUGA